CUCGCCUCAGUGCCGGCGGCAGCGGGCGGCGGGCGGGUGGCGCUGCCGCGUCUGGGGAGCAGAGGGGGCGGUGGGCGGCGGGGGAGCGGCCCCCGGUCAGCGAGCGGCCCUCGGUGCCCGUGUCCCCGUCCCCGUGUGAGGGCUGCCGGCGCCCCGACCCCCGCCCGGCCCUGCGCUGCCGCUGCCCCGCGGGAUGCGGGCUCGGCCCGCCCCGCCGGCCCCGUCCCCCCCGCCGGCCGCAGCAUGAGCGCGGCGAGCGACGCGUACCUCUUCAUAAAAGACAUAAAACCCGGACUGAAAAACCUAAAUGUCGUCUUUAUUGUGCUGGAGAUCGGGCGAGUCACCAAGACGAAGGACGGGCACGAGGUGAGGUCGUGCAAGGUGGCCGACAAGACGGGCAGCAUCACCAUCUCCGUCUGGGACGAGAUCGGCGGCCUCAUCCAGCCUGGGGACAUCAUCCGCCUGACCAAAGGGUAUGCAUCUCUGUGGAAAGGAUGCCUGACGCUUUACACAGGGCGAGGAGGCGAGCUGCAUAAAAUUGGGGAGUUCUGCAUGGUGUACUCAGAAGUGCCAAACUUCAGUGAGCCCAACUCAGAACACAUUGGACAGAACAAACUGGCACAAGGUGAACAGAAUAAUAGUUCUGCAUCAAGUAAUAUGGGUUCUUGUACAUUCGGGCCACUGGGAAAUGGUUUACAAACUGGACCUGAAUCAAGUGGAUUCCCAUUUACGUAUAAUCAUGGCCACUCUUAUGCAGGUAGUGGGAGAGGCAAUGGACGAGGACCUGUAAAUCCAGCAGCAGCUAACAGUGUUCAGCCUCUUCCCCCUGCUGUCAGUAACGGGAGGGACCCACGCAGAGCCUAUAAAAGAUGACUAUGCCAAAUGUGGUUGUACAGCUUGCUUAAACUCUACACUCUACUUGAACACUUAUUGCACUUUUAUUUAUGGUUAACUGUGAACCAGUUUGUCCUUUUUUUUUUUUUUUUUUUUUUACCUUUUGGUCUAUGGAGCAAACGAUGUGAUCUUUUGUUUUGCUUAGGGAAGCACAGUGAGUCUUCCCCGUAAAUUGAAGGGGUAGAGGGAGAAGGCGGAUAUAAGGACAUAAGGGUAAUGGUUUGAAGAGCCUCAGUUAAAACUCAGUGCUAUUUGCUAAAUGGAAGAGAAUUUCAGUUACGUGUGUGUAUUUUUCUGUUUCUGUUGGUCAGCCGUAUAGCCUUAAAAGGUCUGUGAUGUCCUGUGUGCACAUAACGGUGACUCCCCAUUAGUGUUAAUGGGAGCUCCUCGUACUGGAAGAGAAAUGAGGGAGAAGGGCAAAGCAGCCUUAGCGAGCUAGGUGUGCUUGGAAUGAAUAGAGCUUGUGAAAGCAAUAAGUGCAAGGAAACGGUGGUGCCAGCACUUUGUGGUGUCUCCUAAAUCAGAGAAUGAAUAACCUAGAGAAAAGUCAAAGACCUGGAGAGCACGUUGAAGCUUGACUUCUGAUUCCACAAAUCUGUAUGCUAUUUUAAAGACUAAUUCUUCAUCGUGCCACUUCCAGAGAAGGCAUAUGCUAUUUAAAGAAAAUUUCUCCAUAAUCCACCAUUAUCAGUGUCAAGGAAAGCAAUUUUUUUUUUUUUUGGCCUUGGGUGAAAGCCUGGAUGCCCAUUCUUGCUUUGCAUAGAAUGUGAAAGGAAGAUCUAAAUUCAGAGAGCAUUGGAGAACACUGUUAGUAGCAGUAAAAGCUCACAGUUACUUUACAGGACUCUGAAUCUCCAGGAAAGAAUGAGUUUCACAAACUGUUCUCAAAUGCUGCAUUACAUCUCUUUAAUGAGGCUGAGUACUUUUCCUUCCUUCAUUGACUUUUCCAAACGAAUUUUGUAUUAGAUCAAGUUGUAUGUUGGGAUUGCAGAGGUACUGGCCAAGAACACAGCUGCAGUUUUGGUGCUGCUAAGCUUUCCUUCCUCUGUUUUAUAUGGAGUACAAAUUAUCCCUUACAGAACUUAACCCUCACCCCACUCUCCCUUGGGGGAAGCUGAGUUUUUUUUCUGUUUUUUUUUCUUUUUUCUGAGAUUACAAAUGCCUUGACCCUAGGAAGCUGCCCAGUGCCAUAUUUCAGAUCAGGUUUAAGAAACAACUUUGAAGCUGAGGUGUCAUACUGGAUUCAUCUGUUUAACUCUUCUUUAUAGCUGACCUCUCAAAUAAAAAUUGCACUAACUAUUUCAAAAACAAAUCUAACUUUCUUUCUGUCAAGCCAUAAAGACUUCAUGACAAAAGGCUAUUUCUGAAUUGCAAGUUGUCUCUGUUAUUCAUGUUGUUUGAAGCUACCCCCAAGUUACUGAUGUUUACAAGUUACAUUUGAUAUUUGUUUGGUGCUCUAUCACUAUUUGUUGACAGCUGCCUCUAAGGGGCAAGUUCCUUGCUUAAUCUGAAAUACCAGAAUGUCUUUAAAAGUGGGCAGCAGCAGUGACAAAUACUUGAGGGAAGCUUUUUAGGGAGACCUGUAUGCUGUUUGCCUCCGAUUUGGUGAGGUGCUACCCUGAUGCCUGUUGCCAAAAUCUGUCCUGCACACAAAAGAGUGGCAUGCCUCCUGAGGUCACUCGCUGGUGCUGCUAGGGAGAACAGCGUGAACUUGCAAAGCACGCAGUGAGAUCUGGGGAAGUGCUGUAAGGUGAUGUGCAACUCAGGGACUUUACAUUGCUCACAUAUUCAGAAGUCAUCCAUAGAGUCUAGAUGUAUAGGCCUUUCACGUGGUGUUGCAUUCUGAUGUUUGACGUGCUUGUGAGAAGGGAUCCAAGAGGACUUCCAACCCUGUGACAUACGGGUGACAUGAUCCGGAGGUAACUGAGCUGUAAGUAUGGUGUGGGAGCUGUAAAGGUAGCGAGUGAAGAGGUGAGGUGGUGGCAUGGUGGUGACUUCAUACUCGUUGGGGUGUCUCAGAAGUCCUGGUGGUCUAGGUUUCUACCAUAAUAAAGAAGGUUGAAAUAAUGGGGAACCUGGUUUCAGUGUAUGCAGAGGUACCUGGUGUUUGCAGCUCUAUGCAUCUGGGCUUUUAUUAAGAUAAUUAAGUUGUUCACGUUCAAAAUCGAGGAUUGCUGCUGAUAAAUGUCAAAAUUGAACUGUUUGCUGUCAAGUGGAUGACUGACUUUCGGUUGGGAGGAAAAAAAGCACAAGAGGCUGGUCUCCGUGUUCUCAAGGUUAGUAGCAUUCCUGCCUUCGUCUUUCUGAUGUGAAACUAUUCCAGCUUAUUAAUAAAUUUUUACUUCUUUGCAGGGGAAAUCUGUGCCCUGAAAAGUCACAUGGACUUAAAGUCAAUGUAAUAGCAACUUUCCAAGUUUCCUCUGAGCUUCCCAUGAACCUAAGACAAGGAAGUUAUUUCCCUCAGAGGUGUCAGUGUCAAGAUAGAGAGCUCUCAACUUGCAGAGGAGCCUGGGAGCCUGCCUUGCAUCUGGAUCCUAUCACCUCAGUGUAUGGAGGCUUUGCACAGGAACGUUUCCCCAUGUAAACAAGCAGUGGUCAUGAGUUCCUCACACUACAAGCGGCUUCACAGGGCCUAGGGUGCAGUCUUUUUACACCUAUCUGUGGAGGACACCAGAGGUGGGAUUUUUGUGAGGGCAGUUUCAGCCCUGGUAACACAGACCACCGAAGGAGGAAGCUGGAAGCUGUCCACUUCCCCAAACAGCCUUCUGCUGUGUGGCCAAGCAGUCCUGAUGCACUUGGGGCCACUACACACCCAGCUUGUGUCCCGUCACAGUGCCACUCUCCUCUUAAGUCCCCAUAAGGGACUUCAGCAGUGUAGCACUGAGGAGUUCUGUUGCUUAUCUGCUGAAGUCCCCUGUGUGCUGCUUUAGUCCUUCCUCGGCCCAAAUCCCCUUCAUGCUCAAAGUGGAAAAGCAGUCCUAUUGCCAAGCAGUGCCUGACCCUGCAUAUGCAACCUACAGCCCCAGUGAGGAGGGGAAGGUGCUGUGAGGAACACGGGGGUGCUGGAGCAGGGCACAUGGUGGCAUAAUCACAGCUCUCAUGAGACACCUGAAUAGCUUUGGCCUUACAGGCCUCAGUGCGUAGGCCUGUUUUGCUAAUGGCCUGGCUGUACCCUUCCUGUAGGGAUCUUUGAUGUCCCUACCCCCCAGACAAGGGGUUAUUAUCUGUUUCAUAAACGUACUUUGUACCGGCAGCUCCCAAAGUGCUUGCUAGAACUGGGAACUGGUCAAAGCAAGGGGUUUCCAGGCGUUUUUGGGACAGCUUUGCUGGGCUGCUGCGUGGCCUGUGUGUUCUCAGUGGCCUGGGGAUUUCCUUGCUCCUCUCACUUAGGUAGCUUUGUCCUUUUUCCCUAAACUUCGAACCAAGCAAGUCUUGGUGCAGCCUGGCAGUGUUUUCCAGGGGGAUCCGUGGAGGUGUGUGGCUCUGCCCAUGCAGGUCUGGCUUGCUCUUGGCUGGUUUUGGGGGUUUCUGCCCUUAGCCCAGCACCAGCGUGCUACCGGGGAGACUGCAGGGCUGUGACUCCUCGUGGCGAGGCUCUGUUAAUGAGCACAGGAGCAGCCAUGGUUUCAGUUUAACCCAGAUGCUCCCCCUGCUGUGCUUUUCUGCUGGGUGAGCCCUGCCCUUGCUACCAGGGGCACAAGGUGCCAGCAGACUCCCGGCCAGCACCCUGCGUGCCCACCUUGGUGGCUGUGCUCAGAAGGAAGCAUGGGAGCCCUCACGGUGCUGGUUCCACUCCCGUUUGUUUUUUUCUGGUUACUUUUGCAGUGGAAGAUGUGAUAAACCUAGUAAGGGGCGACUGCCUAGCAAUUUCUUCAAGAAUUCAACCAGAGAUGCACUUUGUGGCUUGAGCCUUAAUCACCUUACUGACUCCCUUGCUCUCAUCCAGGGGAUCUGAAGUUGUUGCGGCCCUCUGUAGGGAUUAUGCUUUUUGAUCUGAGAUGGGCGUUUGUGUAUGUAUAUUUUUAUAUGUAUAUACACAGCAUCUUGCAAUUGGGAUGGAGAAAAUAAUCCUAAAAAACCCUGUUUGCUCAACUACAGAGGAUGGACUUCAGAGGGAUUCGAAACUAAAUGUGGAAGUUACUAAAGGGAAGAGUUAAGGACUUCAUUUAGCUUUUUCAUUUCUCUAAAUAACUUUUUUUUUUUUUUCCCUCAGGAAGAAAGUAAUGUAGAUAUAGGAGCUUCAUCUACAGUCACCUCCCAGCUGAUAAACAGGCACUGGGUUGUACGUUUCCUAGGGAGCAAGAUUAGGGACGGAAUAAAACAUCAGGAUUUAUCAGAGAAAGAAAAUUCUUGUGUGCUGUAAAAGCACGUUCAGAGCUAGCUGCUUCCUGUGAGAGCUGAAAUGGGACGAGAUCUGCUCUGCAGAGGGAAAACCCAAGGCAGUGCAGUCCCUCCACUGCUGACUAGCUACCACAUAUUAGGUAACUAGCACAUAAAAGACAAAAUCAGCUUAGUAAAUCAUUAACCAGGACUCUCUAGGAGUGCAGCUGCACGUUGUGUGACCCCAUGGGGGUGGCUGGGAGUUCCCUCUGAAUUUAAGCGCGGUUUGCAGUAGGUCCUGUGCAGGCAGUGGGUUCCCAUCUGUGAAACCAGGGGUGGUCGGGCUGGCCUGUUGGAAGCUGAACUCACUGGUGCAGAAGCUGAACACAGUAGAAAAGCUGAAAGCCACAACCAGCGUGUAGGGUUUUAUUUCUAAAUCAAGAGAAGUUUAGAAACACAGGUGAAGCUUGCAUUUUCCAUACCCCCCUCCCCCCCAGCCCUGCCAGGUGGGAAGUGCAGCUAUCAGCAUCUGAUCUGCUGCACCUGGUGCUUCUGCUCCACUCGGCUCCUCUGCACCAGGGCAGGCGUGGGCUGAUGCUCUCAGGCACAUUCAUGCCUGCUUGGAAAACCAGGAUAGCCUGGAGAUGCUGGGAGAAGCUCUGUGGCAGGAGGGCUGGUGGCUUCUUCAGUCUGUACUGCAGAUAUCAAAGAGCUGGAUGGAAACGGAUUGCAAUACCUCAUAUGGGACAGACCUCUGGAGCUGUACAGCUGAAGCAGCAUUUAAAGAACCAGGGCUGAGCAUACAGUUGUGAGUGCUGAGAAGAGUGCCUCGAGUUACGUUUGCUGGCAAGGCUGCGUAAGGACGUCCUGAUGAACAAGCAGAAGCUGCCACUACUUCUGUUU